AUGAGUAGUGAAGGUCCAGUUAAGAUUGAUGUUACAUUUUUUUGCCAGUCUCCAGAUGACAAUAAUGAACAACACAGCUUACAAAACAAGCUCCGUGCUAACAGAAGUGUUCUUGCUGCUGCCAGCCGGUUCUUUUCCAUCCUGUUACCUGAUUGUGAGUUAGACCUAGAUGUCUGCAUCUCAAUUGAUCUGAGCUUUGAAGAACUGUUUUGUGUUCUUGAGUACAUCUAUUCUGGGAAGCUGCUGUGUUCAGUCAAAAGCAAAGACAGAAUUUUAAGUAUUCUAAAAGAAUUUGAUAUUUUCGUGCCUGAUCAUCUACAGAAUUCAGUAGACUGUGGAAGAAAUGGAAGUAGUGAGGCAGAAGUGGAAAUAAUAUUUGAAGAAGCCAUUGCAAGUGAACCAAAAACUACUAAAGAUCCCACAAACAUUUCAGAGGAUAAAUCUCCCUUUGCAACUUCUGCCGAUGUUCGUGUAGUAAAUAGUGGAGAACUAAUUUUACGAGAACCCAAUAUUUCAAGCUCCAAUGAAGAUCCCUUCCAGUAUGAAGAAAAGCUUCCAGAAAAAUUCUCAAACAGUCAUAAGAUGUAUAGCAACAAAAGUAAAACUCAUUGUGGAUCAAAAAUGGCUAUUCUGAAUUCAAACACCAAUGUUACUGAAACCAUUGUUGAACCGGAAAUCUCCAGACAUAAAGAUCCGGUCUUCACCGUAGUCACCAACCAACCCACUUCGCUGGAAGAAACGCUUGAAAGUAUCGUAUCGUCAGAGAUUGUAGCGGUUGAACCUCAAGAUAACCCAUCGCUAAACCGUUACGCUGCAGUUCCCUGCCCAGAUUCUUGGCAGUACGACUUUGAGCGCACUAAAAAAGGAAAAAAGAAGAAAAUUACAUUUGUUGAGGAAGAGACUGAAGACAGUGACCAAGAUCCCGAAGAUCAAGACCAAGAAGAUUCUCUUGGUUACGAAGAAAAUGAUGAAGUCAAAAGUAAAUCAGCAGUACAAACAUCUAACCAGUCUGACGAUCAAAGUAAUGGUUUUGAACCUCCGCUCAACUUUGAAGUAGCUGCAAAAAAGCUGGAUUCGUGUUUAGAUCAAAGUACAUCUACCCUAAGAUCGGAUGUGAAGCCUAGUUUGAAAGGAAUCGGAUGUUCUAGUUCAUUUGAGGAUCUCACUCCAAACCUGGACGUGAGUGAUAGUGCUGAAGAAGAAGAUAUUAUUCCUAAGUUGAAGUGCACACAAAACAAUGAAACCUCAAACGUCGAAGAACUAUUGGCCCUCUGCUCGGGAAAAUUCCCUGAUUCGCUUUCUGGAAGAGACACGCAAAAAAGUAGUUUGACUGAAAAUGCAGAUGACGAAUCUGAUGAAGAAGUUAAGCCGUUCGCAAGAAUAAUUCCAAUGGCUGAUGAGGAUGACGAGGAAGAUGGCUCCAGUAGUGCUCUCCCAAAAUUCGUUUCUGAAAAUGACGCUGAUGAACCUGGAACUGUGCCUUCUUUUUUAGAGGAUGGAGAAAAAUCACUGUCAAAGGUGAAAAAAAGGGCCCGUGUUUGUCUGUCAGAUGACGAAGAUGAAACUAUCGAUGAAAACCAUUCGUUUGUCGAAGAAGAGGAAAUGCAUGAAGAGGAACGAGAAUUUAGAGGUCUGACUGAGUUUUUUGAAGACGAGGCUGAACUGUCCGGUUCCGAAGUUGGCAGCGGUGACGAACGAGAAGAAGAAAUGGAUGACUGGGAGGAGGAGGAAGGCGAUAAGGAGGAUAUUGAUGAAAACGAAGUUCGUGAGCAAGUUGGAAGAGCCCAUAUGAAGACAAUGCUUGAUCAAGACCAGCGUGAAGUUCGACUUUUUCAAGAGCUUUUUCUCGAAGAUGGAGAUUUGCAUUCUGAUGGCGGUGGAAGGCAAAGACAAUUUCGGUGGAAACAGGCUGAUGGUGAAAAUACUGAGGGAGACGGUGCCCGUCCAAAAAAUCAAGAAGAUGAAGAAGAUGAAGCUGCUGAAGAACAGGAUGAUCUCACAUGGAGAAAAAUUCACAGUGAUAGAGAAAAAUGGCUCCUGCAACAAAAGUCGCAACAGGAAACGAAUAAAGAAGUGCCAUUGGUUAUGAGCCGGCAAACUAAAAUGGUGAAAAUCAACACUGCUUCCAAAACCAUUAAUCAAAUUACAGAAGGCGAUUCCUCCGCUGCUACUGCCAACGCCAAGCAGUCAACGCAUUCUAAGGCGAACAUUGUGACCACUGUGAGAUGCGGAUCUUUUUUACGCAGAAGUGAAAAAGAUUUAUCAGAAAUUGCAUCGUUGAUGAAAUCCGUGUUACCUGUUCAGGCACCAAGGGUCGGUUCCAAUUUUGUAUUUGCAUCCAUUACUCCGGAGAGGCCAGUCGCCGAGCAAAAUAGUGUUCUUGCUGCUGCCAGCCGGUUCUUUUCCAUCCUGUUACCUGAUUGUGAGUUAGACCUAGAUGUCUGCAUCUCAAUUGAUCUGAGCUUUGAAGAACUGUUUUGUGUUCUUGAGUACAUCUAUUCUGGGAAGCUGCUGUGUUCAGUCAAAAGCAAAGACAGAAUUUUAAGUAUUCUAAAAGAAUUUGAUAUUUUCGUGCCUGAUCAUCUACAGAAUUCAGUAGACUGUGGAAGAAAUGGAAGUAGUGAGGCAGAAGUGGAAAUAAUAUUUGAAGAAGCCAUUGCAAGUGAACCAAAAACUACUAAAGAUCCCACAAACAUUUCAGAGGAUAAAUCUCCCUUUGCAACUUCUGCCGAUGUUCGUGUAGUAAAUAGUGGAGAACUAAUUUUACGAGAACCCAAUAUUUCAAGCUCCAAUGAAGAUCCCUUCCAGUAUGAAGAAAAGCUUCCAGAAAAAUUCUCAAACAGUCAUAAGAUGUAUAGCAACAAAAGUAAAACUCAUUGUGGAUCAAAAAUGGCUAUUCUGAAUUCAAACACCAAUGUUACUGAAACCAUUGUUGAACCGGAAAUCUCCAGACAUAAAGAUCCGGUCUUCACCGUAGUCACCAACCAACCCACUUCGCUGGAAGAAACGCUUGAAAGUAUCGUAUCGUCAGAGAUUGUAGCGGUUGAACCUCAAGAUAACCCAUCGCUAAACCGUUACGCUGCAGUUCCCUGCCCAGAUUCUUGGCAGUACGACUUUGAGCGCACUAAAAAAGGGAAAAAGAAGAAAAUUACAUUUGUUGAGGAAGAGACUGAAGACAGUGACCAAGAUCCCGAAGAUCAAGACCAAGAAGAUUCUCUUGGUUACGAAGAAAAUGAUGAAGUCAAAAGUAAAUCAGCAGUACAAACAUCUAACCAGUCUGACGAUCAAAGUAAUGGUUUUGAACCUCCGCUCAACUUUGAAGUAGCUGCAAAAAAGCUGGAUUCGUGUUUAGAUCAAAGUACAUCUACCCUAAGAUCGGAUGUGAAGCCUAGUUUGAAAGGAAUCGGAUGUUCUAGUUCAUUUGAGGAUCUCACUCCAAACCUGGACGUGAGUGAUAGUGCUGAAGAAGAAGAUAUUAUUCCUAAGUUGAAGUGCACACAAAACAAUGAAACCUCAAACGUCGAAGAACUAUUGGCCCUCUGCUCGGGAAAAUUCCCUGAUUCACUUUCUGGAAGAGACACGCAAAUAAGUAGUUUGACUGAAAAUGCAGAUGACGAAUCUGAUGAAGAAGUUAAGCCGUUCGCAAGAAUAAUUCCAAUGAAUGAUGAGGAUGACGAGGAAGAUGGCUCCAGUAGUGCUCUCCCAAAAUUCGUUUCUGAAAAUGACGCUGAUGAACCUGGAACUGUGCCUCUUUUUUUAGAGGAUGGAGAAAAAUCACUGUCAAAGGUGAAAAAAAGGGCCCGUGUUUGUCUGUCAGAUGACGAAGAUGAAACUAUCGAUGAAAACCAUUCGUUUGUCGAAGAAGAGGAAAUGCAUGAAGAGGAACGAGAAUUUAGAGGUCUGACUGAGUUUUUUGAAGACGAGGCUGAACUGUCCGGUUCCGAAGUUGGCAGCGGUGACGAACGAGAAGACGAAAUGGAUGACUGGGAAGAGGAGGAAGGCGAUAAGGAGGAUAUUGAUGAAAACGAAGUUCGUGAGCAAGUUGGAAGAGCCCAUAUGAAGACAAUGCUUGAUCAAGACCAGCGUGAAGUUCGACUUUUUCAAGAGCUUUUUCUCGAAGAUGGAGAUUUGCAUUCUGAUGGCGGUGGAAGGCAAAGACAAUUUCGGUGGAAACAGGCUGAUGGUGAAAAUACUGAGGGAGACGGUGCCCGUCCAAAAAAUCAAGAAGAUGAAGAAGAUGAAGCUGCUGAAGAACAGGAUGAUCUCACAUGGAGAAAAAUUCACAGUGAUAGAGAAAAAUGGCUCCUGCAACAAAAGUCGCAACAGGAAACGAAUAAAGAAGUGCCAUUGGUUAUGAGCCGGCAAACUAAAAUGGUGAAAAUCAACACUGCUUCCAAAACCAUUAAUCAAAUUACAGAAGGCGAUUCCUCCGCUGCUACUGCCAACGCCAAGCAGUCAACGCAUUCUAAGGCGAACAUUGUGACCACUGUGAGAUGCGGAUCUUUUUACGCAGAAGUGAAAAAGAUUUAUCAGAAAUUGCAUCGUUGAUGAAAUCCGUGUUACCUGUUCAGGCACCAAGGGUCGGUUCCAAUUUUGUAUUUGCAUCCAUUACUCCGGAGAGGCCAG